AUGGUCUCCCCAUCCUCCCCCCGGCUUGUUUGGGGUCGAGACCGAUUCCACCCUGGGGAGUUCUAUACGGGCUGGCUGAGCGAGCCCAUUGCUAUCACCGCGAUAGUGUUUCUGGCUUUCGCCAUUGUCCUGAGCAUGUUUCCUACCGAAGGACCCAAUCCAACUCCUGCGAAUCUGAAUUACACUCUUGUGAUCAACGGGGCCCGUGUGGCCUGGGGCGCUGUUCUACUAUGCUGUCUACGGUCGCAAGGUGUAAAAGGUCCGCAGGCGACUGUGAAAGGGACAUUGAGUCCGUCCGAGACGCGGCUCCCGCAUGAAGAAGAGGAGAGGGAGAAGUAA